AUGGAGGCAGAGGAGGCCGCCAGGCGCGCGUCAUCACCGCCCGGUGGCCCGGGCUCGGCAGCGGCGCCCGCAGCGGCGGCCCAGGGCGGGACGGUGCCGGGGCCCGGCGGCCCCGUGCCGGGCGUGCCUGCUGUGCCGCGCUCCCCUCGGUCGAUUGAGCAGGCGGUGCGCGUCGCAUCAAACAGCGCCGAGCUGCUGUCGGAGAUGCUGGCGCCGCUGGCUGCCGCAGCGGCGGCGGGCGGAGCGUCGGGUGACGCGUCGGGUGUGGGUGAGCCGUUCAUCACCGACCUGGCUGACCAGUGCUACAGGCACCGCAGCGUGCUGUCCGAGGUCAUUCCAAACUGUGAGAGCGAGGAGCUGCUGUCCGCCGCGCUGGCGGCCAAUGACGAACUCUCCAGAGCGCUCGCGACCUUUCAGGACCUGGCCGGGGCUGGCGCGCACACACGCGGCGCGUCCGGCGCCGGCGCCGGGCCGGGCGCAGCGAGCGACUUUGCCGCGCCCGGUGCGCAGUGGCGCCUGCAGCAGCAGCUUGGCAGCUUGGGCAGCGGCGGCGCGGCCGGCGGGCCGGCCCUGCCCACCAGCUCGUCGGCCGGCGCCGCCCUCAGUGGUGGUGGCGGCCUGCUGAGUGCUGGCGGCACCACCGCCAACUUCAGCCUGCUGGACGAGGGCGACGAGGAGGAGGCCGCCGAACUCACCACCAACAGGGCACCACUGACCGGGCGCAGCGCGGCCCCCAGCGGUGGCGGCGCCGCCAGUGGCGGGGGUGAGGGCGUCGCCCCUGCCCGCGGCAGCAACCUGAUCGACCUCAACGACAUUGACGUGGCGCCAGCCGCCCCCCAGCGCAUCGAGGACGGCGUCGCCAGGCUGGGACUCGGCGCGGACAGCGGCAAGCCCGCACAGCGCUGA